AAAAUGGGUUCGGAACACCCACUAUUUGGGAAUCUCUAAUAACUAAAUAUCAAGAUAAACGUGCACUAGGCACCAUGUAUUUGAAUAACAUUUUGGACAUUAAAUUAACAAACAGUUCGCCAUCUCAAUUAAAUGAUUUUAUAGAAAAACUUAACUCAUCUUUUGCCGCGCUAAAACAAUUAAAUAUCGAUGAUUUACCUGACUUCAUCAUAACGCAUAUCGCGUUAAAAAAGUUAGACUUACAAACUGUGCAACAAUUCGAAUCAUCUAUUCGUGACAAAAACAUACCGGAGAGUUCAGAUGUUAUCAAUUUCAUCCGCCACCAUAUUAAAGUCUUAGAACGAACAUCUUCGUUUUCGGUUCAACAGACACAACCGCGAUCGCGCUAUAAUAAUAAUAACACUACUAAAAGAGUGUCUCAUACCUUUGCCAUAACAAAUGACAACACAUCGGGAAAUGUUAAAGUAAAUACGUGCAUUUAUUGUAAAUCGGUUCAGCAUUUUCGUCUUUAUGAAUGCACCGAGUUUAAGAAAAUGAGCAUCAAAGAUAGAUUCCAAUUUGUGAAACAAAAUCAUUUGUGUGUUAAUUGUUUAGGGUCAAGUCAUAAUACUUCAAAGUGCGGUUCUCAAAGCUUGUGUAAAAUCUGUAAUAAAAAACAUCAUUCUAUGUUACAUUUUGACACCCCGGUUACUUCGCAAUCCACUCGCAUUAAUACAAACCAAAUUACAACGCAUUCACCACCUUUCGCGGCGCCUCCGCCGUCAGCGGCCCCGCCCGUAACCACCUCUGUGCAGCCGGAACGCUCUGUGUGCUUGCACUCGCAGUCCAGUGACAAUUCCGUCACAUGUUUAGGCGCGUAUCAGGACGAGACGGGCGUCGUAUUGACAACCUCACAUAAAAACAAUUCUACGACAAUACUACCUACCGCGCAAGUUUAUGUACCUAUUAAUGGGAAACACGUAACUAUCAGAUGUUUAAUUGACAGUGCAUCGCAAAAUAAUAUUGUAACGCUUUCAUGUUGUAAUCAAUUGAACUUGAAUAUUCAACCGCUAAUUAAUUCGACUAUUAAAACUGUAGGGUCGCUCGAUACCUCUGUUUUAGGUUUUGUUUCGCUGACAAUUAAGUCUCGCGUCUCUGACGCACAAUAUAAUGUAAAAUGCUUGGUAGUCGAACAUAUUACUGACUAUCUACCUACUCGCGUUGUUAACGCAAGCAUAAUCGACGACUUUUCGGAUAUCCCACUCGCUGAUGAUUUAUGGAAUUUACCUGGCGAUAUUCACGCAAUUNAAUGA